CUCCCUUCUUACGCCGCGGAUUGGUCACUGGUACUCAUGAAGCAAUGAUUUUAUGUAAAUUAUGAAAUACAUAUUAUUAUACGUGUAUUUCAAACAACAACACCUAUCUAUAGGUUAAGAUUUCGUUUGUUUUCCACAGAACCCCGAAUCCGAAUCAUGGACACUGGAAAUUCAAACGAGGCAAAAGCUGAUCAUCAGAAACCGAAAACGUUGAUCAGAAGUCAGUUCAAAGAUGUCCUGAUCAAGGUCGACCAAGAUAUUUAUUACCUGGAUCGGCUACAAUUAGCUUUACAUUCGGGAUACUUUGAAAAACUAUUCACCGAAGAUUAUAAAGAGAAGAACUGCGACUUGAUAGAAAUCCCACUGAUGGACACCGAUACAUUUUCCGCCACGGUUGAUAUCAUUUAUGGAAAAAAAUUGAAUGACGUCAUUAAUGACGAUAAUUUUGCAUCGUUGUUGAUGGCUAUGGAUUAUCUGCAAGUGGACGUUGACGAGGAUAUUUAUCGACAAAUUUUGACCGACCGCUUAUGUCACGACAGCGGAUUGUAUUACUUCUGGGCCAGUCCGUUUACUCGUGAAAUAUUCAAAUUAUACAGUUUCAUCACGGAAACUGCAAAUUACCAGAAUUUAUUGCCAGUCAUUUUUCACUACCUGUCUCUACAUAUUCUAGAGUUACAAGAUCUGGAUGAAUAUCUAUCAAUUCCGUUCGAUCAUUAUAUUCACCUAAUUUCACAACGAGGGUUUCGUUGUGAUGAAGAAAAAUAUCAAAAACACGCGUUGAGUGAAGUUUGUGCCAAGUGGAUCUGUCACGACUUAGAAAAUCGUUUACCUCGCUUACUUGAGCUCGUAAAUGCUGCCAGGUACAGAUCCUACUGUUCAAAUGUGCUUUCUUAUGACGAUGAUACCAACUUACGGUUGCCAGCCAUCGAUCAGUCUACGAGUGUAGAUAAAGUUUCAAGAUAUUUUUACAAAUUAUUCACGUAUACUGGAGAAAUUAGUCGUAUUGUUGAUGAACCGAAAUUGGAAGUAUAUGAAGAUGAAAAAUACCAAGAUUUCCAUCGAAAUGCGCGUGAAAAACAUCAUGAUAUUGUCGGUAGUUAUAGUUUUUGUUUCGGGGAAAGUGCAGAACAUCACAGAUGGACUGUUCCCAAUAAGGACUCAAAGCUAGAAGUGUUUCUGAGAAAUGGCCACUUAUACGACAUCACAAUCAAAGCUGGUGAAAAACUAUAUAAACUCCAUCGAGCUGUACUGAAAUCUGAGUCAUUGUACUUCAAGGAAAUCUUUUCUAAAGAGUGCACUGAAUUGGCUGUACAAUCUGAGGGUACACCACCAACCCCUCCGAGCAAGGAUAAAAUAUAUUUCAUGGAUGAUAUCGAUUCCUCAUCAUUUGAUAUUGUAGUCGAUCAUAUCUACAAAUUGCGGAAACAUGCAGAGUUCGCAUCUGUUGGGAUUGUUCGUUUAUUCCGAGCUGCCCAUAAAUUAAAAAUUGACAGUUUGAAGAAAUCGUGUGAGAAGUGGAUGAAGAGCCAUUUCGAAAACGUGUGCGCUGAAGAUGUCAUUGAAAUGUUGAAUUUCACGCGCGAACACGUCGAAUACAAAUCAUUGAAUCAAUUUUUCUUAUCCAAAUAUGUGAUCGACUCGUGGCCAAUAAUAGACAACUUGCCACAAUUCGCAGACCUUUUCAAGUCAAUCGCGUUGCCAAUCGGUGAAGAAAACAAGAUAGACUUGUCUGAUAAGACUGAUCGAGAAACAUUCAAGUUGAUCAUCGAUUGCAUGUAUCUAAAAACUGUUUUUGUAACGGAGGAAAACAUUUCGCAAUUUAUGAAAGCGACCGAGUACUUUAGAGUAAAUAAAGUAAUCAAAAGUUGCGCAGCCAAUUUAUUGCGUUUCCAUGACAGAAUAAAAUUCGAAAAUUCGAUAGAUAUGGCCGAAGUGUUGAAGUUUGCUCGCAGGAAUAUCGAGUAUCGCGAAGCUCUAAACAGUGUUUACCUGGCCAAAUACAUGAUCAAAUGGCCUCAUGUGGACAUUUCACUGUUCUGUUCGAUUUCAUACGAUUGCCUGGAGAAUUUACUAACGUCGCUUGAAUUUUUUCUCGAUGAUCCGGUUGAAAUUCUGGAUAUGUGUUCGAAAUGGGUAAUGCAUGAUGUGGAAAAUCGAUAUUGUCUGAUUCCUCGAAUCGCUUUCGCUAUCAGUCAAAAUCGUAAUGCAGAUUGCGAUGAUUACCCUAUCUCAAAACCUGCUGAUUUCAACAACUGCUCACAAAACUUUAUCAAAGAGAAGCUAUGGGAAACUUUAAAUUCAACUUCUGUUCUCCCCUUUGCACUAUUAUCCCAAGAUGAAUCAGAAACGCAGAAAACCACGAAACCAGUGUUCAUCACAUGGGAGUCUGAAGAUGAAUUAUUCGUAAUUUAUGAUUCAGAGUGGGACGAAAUUGAGUCGUUUCAUUUUUGUAAAAAUAUCGAAGAUCGCGAAUAUGUAAGUCCAAUGUCAGCCUGCAUCAUCAACGAUAACAUAUUUCUACUUUCUGGUCGGUCUACAUGUAGUCGUUUUCACGUUUUUAACUUAUCGAAGAAAAAGUUAUUCUCUCUGUCAUCAGAUGUGCGACUUUGUAAGAACAAGAGUAAAAAAUAUACUUUGCUCAAUUGUCGCAACGAAAUAUACAACUGUGUCGAAGACGGUGAAAUUUUUAAAUAUUCGUUCAAAUUGAACCGCUGGAUGAGAUUUGCAGAACCUGAGCCCGAUAAAGAUGGAUUGCGAUUCGCUUGCGACGGAAAGAAAUUGUACAGGAUGUAUAAAAUAGCGCAAAAUGAUAGAAUAACCUAUUUUAUUAUGGAAGAAUACAACUUUGAGCAAAAAUCGUGGAUUUCUGUGCCUAAUUCGAGACUGCAGGCGAAUGAUGAUGAUGAUGCUGAUGAUUGGGUCCUUCGUGAGCUGAUACAUUUGGACGAUAAUGGUUUCGCUGCGUUAUUCGAAGGACAACUAUUUCGAUUCGAUCAGCGUGAAGAAACUUGGCGAAAUAUCGAUUUUUGGCCAUACAAUUCCUCAGAUUUGGAUGGAAGAUAUUACACCAUUGGUCAGAAAGAAAAUGGUCAAAUAUUGUUUGUAAUCAAUAAUUUAUUGUAUUGCCUCGAUCCUUCAUGUAAUAGCUGGGAAUUGAUAGCGGAAUGGCCCAUUACUGGUUGGCAUAUGCCACCGUAUUCAAGUAUUGAAGCUAUUCACUCGCCUUCUAUUCACGUGUAAUAAUUUAAAUCGCGUAAAGUUUCAUAAUUAGGUACCUACUUGAAUUCAUAAUUUAUACCUAUGUGUGUAUUUGUAAAAAUAUCGUUGAAAAUAAAAUCGGUGUUUUCCUUGGUGAAGGAUA